UUUAAAUUGAUUUGCUUAAGGAAGGCUGGUUUUGGACAACCGAAUUGCUGCACAAAUGCUUCGUCCUAUUGCUGAUAGAGUUUUAAUGUGCGCCCCAAAGGCCGAACUUUGAAGUAGAUGAUGAUAUCAAAUCCAAAAUGAUUGGUUCUCCGUGUAAACAAAGUCGUCGUUGACAAAAUUUUCUUUUUUGGCAUGAACAAUAUUUUUGAAAAAAAAAAAUCUAGAUGAUUGCGCAAUAUUUUGCAAAACUUUGGCCAAAGUCCUUAAAAAGCACAAAAUUUAUUGCAUAAAAUGAAUCGCGGUCAUUAUGCUACCAGUAGCAUUUAUACACGCCGCCAGUCUACGGAUGUCUUCUACAACGAUCCGUUCAAAAUUCAAUCGUACAACUUUCGUUACGCUGAACGACCCGUCUAUCAGGUUCAGCAUUAUCAACGACCCCAGCCGCCGCAGCCGAAGCCUCCAACCUUCGAGACCUAUUACCAGAAUCCAAGGUUCAUCACCAGGUAUCAAGAAGCCAAGGCUGCUGCUCCGGCGACGAGUACCUUUGCUGAGCACAGACGUCGCAGGUAUUUGCAUGAUUUCAAGUGCAUAUCCUCGUUGCCAACCAAAGCUAAUAGCGUCCACGUGGUGUCCACUGAGCCGCGAAAGCCGGAUAUAGUAUCGGUGCCUCGUCGCCAGCUCUUUAGCAGUCCGCCCGAUGCGGUCUCUCACUUCCCACUGUUGCGCACCUGCUGCAAUCGAGAUGAGUAUCAGACGAUGCGGCGUGGCCAGAGCUUUACCACAAUCAGGCAAAGCACCGCUAACUCAAACGUAGCUCGCAGAGCUGGCAAAAGUGCCUCCGUUAGCUCUUUAAGGGAGCCGGAAAAAAAUUACUCUACGUGCACUUUUAAGGUGGAGCCGAGGCGCAGCGCCAGCAAUUGCAGCGGUUGUGCGAUCAACAUUAACAUAAAUGGACUCGACUCUGAGGCAGAGCUGGACAAGAGUUUGCGAAUUAAGAUUGAAACGGAUUCCUGCCUUCACAACAAUACGGACAAUUAUAAGGUACAUAAAUCUACGGCGCGCAUUGGCAGCUCCGAAAGUUUUGUCAUUGACAAGCGUCUGUCCAAGUUUAGCUUACCCGAAGCCCAGGUCCAGACUAAUUCGAGGCGCAUGGGUAGCUGUGAACAAGAUCUUUUGAUAGCCAAACGGCUGCAGGUGCAACUGGAGCGAAAGCGUAUGGAACAGGUGUGUCAGCAAGAGCUGCAAAAAGAACAAGAGCGUAUGCGGCUGCGUGAUCAGGAACGCGAGCGCAUGAGGCAGCUGGAAAGACAGCGCGAUCACGACAGGCUGAUGGAGAUAGAGGCGGAGCGGGAAAGGCAGAGGCUUCGUGGGCUAGAGCGGGAGGCUCAGCGCAAAAGAGAGUACGAACGUAUACGUUGCUACCAGGAGCAGUUGCGGCAGGAUAGACAACUGCGUCUGCCAAUGCGUGCCACGUCUCUGCCCACGUCAGUUGCAUCACCUGUAAUUAUGACAUCACAUCUCUACAGGCCAGCUUCGACUGAUCGUCUGCCAGGCAUGGUGCCCUGCUAUGUCCAUCAGUCCGCAGCUAGUUCCAGCACGCCGACGGCACGAGCCGAGCGGUUGCAAAAUUGCACUCGGAAUCUGACAACGUUGCGUUGCCUUAAGCGGCAAACAAGUCCACUGCCGGAGCGGCCGCAGUAUGAGGCACCGCCAGCUAGAACACUGGAACGCCGCAGCUCGGGAAGCUCGAAUUUCAAUGCCUGUGUGCUCGGGAGUGGCAGCAACGUCAGUAUACGACGUCUGUCCGCUACUCGCCUGAAUGAGCGUAAAUUACUUAAUCUUCACGUGAACGGCAUGCCCGUCAGCUCCAGUCAGCCCAUACACACGCGCAUCAACAACAUGCCCAUACGCAUUACCACAUCGCAACCCGUAGGUGAGGAUACGGAGUUCUCGCUGAAUAAGGUGCGGGUGCGCAAUGCCUCGCCCGCCGCAUGUCCAGUUCACGAGAGGAGGCGCAGCUGCGGCAGCCAUGGUUCCCGCAAUGAGGAGUCGGUUGCCAUGCCCUAUAAUGUCAACAUCAAUGUCUAUGCGGAUAACUUGCGCACGAUGCGUUUAUAAAUUGGAAAACCAAAUAUUUGCGGCUGAUAUAACGUCAGGAUAACUGUCAUGCAUGGCUAUAUAUAGCUACAUUUUUCAGUUAUUUGUACGCUGUACCAGCCACAAAUAUUUUUAUACAUUUUUUGGAUUCGUGCUCAAUAUUGCGUCUGCCGUCUUAUGUCAAUUUCAAACAUUUCGCGUCCUAUUCGCUAGUAUUAUUUUAAUAUAACAUACAUUUACUUUAAAUACAAAUUCGUUCUAGUCAACUA